UCAUCCUCAUUCAGAGUAGACUGGUUUCGUGUGGGCUGUAGAGAUGCAUUUAUAAUGCACACCGUGUUUUAGCCGUGAAAAAAUCGUGCCCGGGUAUAGCUUAAUCGGGAAACGUAGUCCUUGCGAUUUGUCAGUCAAUCGCGGCGCGUGGAUUUGACAGUGCACUGUCACUGUUCUCUUCAAUGGUGUCCUGCUCAUUUGUACCGACAACACCGAAUUUCCAAUUGAUCACUGGCUUAUUUGACCACUAAAGCCACCCCCACCCACUUCGACAGAGGAGGCAUUUUUCUGAACCAAAACUAAAGAGGACAACAGUGCAUCUCUUAAUAGCCUACAGUCAAACAUCACCGUUUCUUCCUUUUUUCCCCCCUUUUCAUUUCUGAGCAUCACUAAUUUCCUCAAUUUACUUUGAGAAAAGCCGAUCCUUGCAUUACAACAGAGGAUCCCCCCUCUCGUGAUCCGCACCAGGACGUCCGGUGUGCAAGACCCAGACUGUGAUCUAUACUAGAAGGUGCAGGAGAUUACAUUUUGGUACAAGUAACAAUGAGUGCACGCGGUGAAGAAGCCGGCGAAACUUCAGGGACCCAGGAGCCACCAGCAACAUCAGAAGCAACAGAGCCUCCGAAGCGGAAACCGGGCAGACCGAGGAAGCCUCAGAAAGAGCCCACCGGAGAGCCUGUCCCCAAACGACCGAGGGGGCGCCCGAAAGGAAGCAAGAACAAGGGUCCUUCCAAGGCGGUGCAGAAGAAGGCUGAGGCUACUGGGGAGAAGAGACCUCGGGGGCGACCUAGGAAAUGGCCACAGCAAGUGGUCCAGAAAAAGCCUGCUCAGGGAGAAGAGGAAGAGGAGGAGGUGGAGGAGUCGGAAGAGGAGGACUAACCGACCACAGCAUAGAACCUCUACCUCAUUCACCUGUCAGGUCUUUCCAAGGGAAAAGACUGCCUUGACCACUUAUUUUUGGACUUUUAUGGCCUUUCCACAUAUAUUUCAUUGGGUUUCAUUUACGAUCAUUUCAUCCUUGUACACGAUGUUUUCGCCGUUUCGAUACCGGGAACCACCCGUAUUCCACAUGGGCGUGAGCCCCCAAAAAGAAAAGAGGAAAGCUAUGACACUGCACCUUUGUUACGACAACAUGUUUUUUCAGACCGCUGUAAGCACAGAGGUGCAGUGGUUUAACACACAAAUAGUACAACUGCGGUUGAUCCCUCCCAACCUAACCCUCAUGAUUGCCUGAGUCGACUGAUUCUCCAGGCAUUGACGGCGAAAAAAGCAACUUAAAUAGUCUGGUUUUGUCGUUCAGAAAUUCACUACGAAGGGCUGCAGCUUCUAUGUAUCAGGCAUAGGAUCCAAAACAGAUACAGUCACCCACCCACUCACCCCCUCUCUGUCCACACACAUCCAUUCACCACCCCAAAAGUCCCACAUCAGACCACCAAAGACAGGGAGACAGAAAGCUCUCGCCUCAGGUCAUUGUUUUAUCCGUCAGGUCUUGUCGAUAAUUGGCUUUUGGCAUAGCUAAAUUCCAGAUUCCAAUUCAGCAGGAGUUGAGAUUCUUGGGUUUGCUAUGAUAUCAUUUCCCUAGUUUAGAUUUGCUAUGAUAUGAGUUUCCCAGACAACCAUUUGUAGAUAACCAUUAUCAAAUGUAAGAAUUGCUUUUGACAUAGCAAGGCUUUUACGGUGUUGAAUCACCGGUAUGAAUCACCAUGCAUAUGACAACUAAGCUUUAAUGUUUGCUAUUGUUCACCUCAUAUGAUAUAAGAAUCUUAUCAGAGGUAAUAUAAGAUUGGUUUUACAAUUCUCUUACAAAUGUUGUACCUAAUGUUCUGUUUUUAUUCAAUUAGGUGAAUGAUAGAUAACAGGGGUAAAAAAAAACACCCAUUGAUGAACAUAUCUGUUCUCAUCAACAUCUUGAAUGUCCAGUUGAUGCCUUAAGUAAGCAUUUCAAGGAGAGCUUUAACCCUAAUGUGCUUAAAGCCAAAUUGCCUGAGUUGUGGUAGGUUUCGAGUGAUGUAAUUACUGUAUUUUAUCUAACAGUUGGAUAGCAUGACUGCUGGCUUCUCCUCCCUGUCUUUGGUGAACAAACAAACCAACCAUUGUGGAUGUAGAGAUAAUCACAACAUAUUUUAUAUCCUUAUAUAUUAUACAACCAAUACUGUCACACUGCAGCAAACUACUGUAUUCCACAUUCGUAUGGAUGGCAUCGGACUAGCCGACUCAUUUGUUUGUACAUAAUUCUGUCAUUUUGUGUCUUUUUUUUUUCCUUUUUUUUUUUUUACAACAAAGCUUUAAAUCAUGAAUCCCGUCAUUGACCCUAUUACAAAGGAAAUACUGUAUGUCACCUUGGUAUGUCUUACAAAACAAACCUCAAGAACAAAACCACAAGAACAAACCACACUUUACCUCAGAACACACUUGAUACCUGAAUGGCAGUGUGAGAUAGGAAGACUUGCCUCGCACUGUAACCCCAAGGAUCCUCGUUUAAGGGAUUCUAAGAAUCAUGAUGAUAUGCAGGCACUUUUUCAGUCACUCAUGCAAUAUCUCCUCACCAUUUCAAACUACCUCUGAUUUCUGCAACCAGCUAACCAGCUCAUGAAAUGCACGCUGCUCCACACAAGACAAUGCAUGGGGAUAGCAGUGUGUACUGAUGGGUAAAAUGUCAAUACCGUAUCUUAUGAGUCAUAACAAUAUUCUUGUCAAGGUGAAUCAGCUAUUUUCUGCAAAUGUUUUGUGUGAGUUGGGCAGGCAAUUUCCUGAAAUCAGCAGUCUGUUUUGUUUUUCCUAUGUAAUACUCAAACGCAGCUAAGGGAAUAAGUACUGUUUUGUCUUCUUCACAUUAACAUUAGAGUGUAUCUAACAAUUGUAACAGAACACUUUCAAUCUGUACAACUGGGACUCUUGUUAAAACAAAAAACGGUUAACUUGAAUAUAUAUUUUGUACUGAUUUACUCAAUGGUUUAUUAAGGAUCAAGUGCUUGUAUGACACGACAUGAUAUUAUUACGAAUGUUUUUUUUGUUUGUUUUGUUUUUGCUCUGAAUUGUAGAUUAGUUUUUUUUCCUGAACUAUGUACUAACUAUAUAUGUACCUCAAACAGACUGAUGAAAAUGGACUAAUAAUCAAUUGACAAAUACCUA